UCAGGAAAUGAGGCGUGCCGGUGAUACGGUGGUCACGUAACGAAGCGUGGCUCGGUGUAUUCUGUAAGCCAGGAUUCAGACGCCGCGGCUGCUGUCAGCGCAUCACUUCCCAGUGUCUAGACGCGAUUGUUUGUUGGCUUCCUUGCCUGCGCUUCCUUUUACCUCUAUCACCUACACUAAACAAUCAUGGCUCCCAAGAAAGGCAAAACAAUGAAAAGAGAUGUUGUUCUCAAGUCAGAAGACACUUGUCAUGACGGAGAGACCCGCCUGACCAAAAACAUGGCAAGAACGGGAAAAAGGGAGGCCUGUCUGGCAGCUCCUUCUUCACCUGGUUCAUGGUUAUCGCUCUGCUUGGGGUUUGGACAUCAGUCGCUGUUGUGUGGUUUGACCUCGUAGACUAUGAAGAAUUUCUUGCCAAGGCAAAGGAUUUCCGUUAUAACUUGUCAGAGGCUCUACAAGGAAAACUAGGCGAUUACGAUGCUGACGGCGAUGGAGAUUUUGACGUGGAUGAUGCCAAAGUUUUGCUAGGACUGAAAGAAAGAUCUGUGUCUGAGAAAAUUUCUGAAGACCUUGAUGAGACAGAUUCAACUGCAUCCGAAAUCUCUGAUCUAGAUUUAGAGGAUGUUGUAAAUGCCUUAAAGGAUUCCCCACAGUCUGAUCAUGAUGUGUAUGACAUAGAAGAUGCCCUGGAUGACCAUGACACACAAGAUGAUGCAGCUAGUGAAUUCUCCUUAGAAGAUGCUUUGGAGCCCAAUGUUUAUGAAACCGUUCACACAGAACCAGAAAUAAAAGAGCCGGAGGAAGAACCAGCGAUAGAAGAACAAGUAGUAGAGGAACAAGUGGAUGUUGAAGAAGAACCCGCAGCUGAAGAGGAAGUCAUUGAUGAAGUUACUGAGCAGGUUUUGGCACAUGAACCUGCUGCUACUACUGAUGAUGUGGAGGAAGAAACAUUCACGCACAAUGAUGAACACGAAGUGGAAGAACAUCAAGAACCGGAGCCAGUAUAUGAACAAGAGGUAGAGGAGACAGAAACUGAAUUUCUGAAUGCUCCGAACACAGAAAUAGAAGAGCCUGUAGAUGUAGAGUUUGAGGCAGAGCCGUUUGCUGCUGAAGAGGCAGAAGAAACACCAGAACCGGUAGCAGAUGAAGACUACGAAGCAGAGAUAGCAACAGAGGAACAAGAUCCCCAGGAUGAGGCCGAAGAGCCAGAAAAUCGGGAGGAAUAUGAAACUCAUGAAGAACCUGUUUUGACGGGAGAAGAGCCGUCAGAGGAUGGAACGGAGUCAUACGAUGAAGUUAAUGAAUAUACUCAGACAGAGCUAGAAGAGGAAGAGCCAGCUGAAUUACAAGAUGUUCCAGAACCAGAUGAGGAAAUUGUGCCGGAACAAACAGAGGAAUAUCCUACAGAAACAACGGAGGAAAUUGUCACUGGUGGCGGAGAAGAGGUUAAUGAAGCUCAAAAUGAGGAGCCGGCGAGUCCUCAUGAGCACGUUGAAGUAGAACAGAAUGAAAUACCUGAAAAUCCAGUUGUGGACGACAAGCCAAGUGAAAGGGCGCAAGAACAAAAAUCAGAAACUUUGGAGAGUCAGCAAGGAGAACAUGCAGCCAAGAAAAAGAAGCCCAAACUAUUAAACAAGUUUGAUAAAACAAUAAAGGCUGAACUCGAUGCUGCUGAAAAACUACGGAAAAAGGGAAAGGUGGAAGACGCUUUAAAAGCUUUUGAACUUCUGGUGACUAAAUAUCCCCAGAGUCCAAGAGCCAGAUACGGAAAAGCUCAGUCUGAAGAUGACGUGGCUGAGAAGAUGAGGAGCAAUGAGAUUCUGUUGCGCGCCAUUGGCACUUAUGAAGAAGUGACUGGCUUGUCCAAUGUUCCUUCAGAUCUAGUAAAACUCGCACUCAAGAGAAGAGCCAAUCGCCAGCAAUUUCUUGGCCGCAUGCGAGGAUCUAUACUUACUCUUCAGAAGUUAGUACAGCUCUACCCUGAAGAUAUAUCACUCAGAAAUGAUCUUGGUGUUGGCUACCUUCUGAUUGGAGAUAAUCAAAAAGCCAAAGAAGUAUAUGAAGAGGUUUUAUCAAUGGACCCCAAUAAUGGUUUUGCCAAAGUACAUUAUGGGUUCAUCCUCAAAGCAGAAAAUAAAAUUAUUGAAAGUAUUCCAUACCUAAAGGAAGGCCUGUUGUCUGGUGAGCCCGGUACUGAUGAUGGUCGGUUCUACUUUCACUUGGGGGAUGCCCUGCAAAGAGCUGGAGACAAAGAGGCAUACACGUGGUACGAGAUUGGCCACAAGAAGGGACAUUUUGCCUCUGUCUGGCAGCGGUCACUUUACAAUGUGGAUGGACUCAAAGCCCAGCCAUGGUGGACUGCUAAAGAAACUGGGUACUCAGACCUAGUGAGGUCUUUGGAAGCCAACUGGAAGACGAUCCGCGAUGAGGGCCUUGCCGUCAUGGAUAAAAGCAAAGGCCUUUUUGUUCCUGAAGAUGAAAACCUCAGAGAAAAGGGAGACUGGAGCCAAUAUACAUUGUGGCAGCAAGGACGAAAAAAUGAGAAGUCCUGUAAAGCAGCACCUAAGACAUGUGCUUUGUUAGAAAGGUUCCCCGAGUCCACUGGAUGCCGCAGAGGACAGAUCAAAUAUUCUGUAAUGCACCCAGGGACUCACGUGUGGCCUCACACAGGACCAACAAAUUGUAGGCUACGGAUGCACUUGGGUUUAGUUAUACCAAGCCAAGGCUGCAGGAUAAGAUGCGCCAAUGAUACCCGGUCAUGGGAAGAAGGCAAAGUGCUCAUCUUUGAUGAUUCUUUUGAGCAUGAAGUUUGGCAGAAAGCUGAUUCUUACCGCCUGAUUUUUAUUGUGGACGUAUGGCAUCCGGAGCUCACACAGCAUCAACGGCGGACACUGCCAGCUAUCUAGGCUAUCUAGGCUAUCUAGUCCAAUAUGUGAAGGAGAAGGCUUACCGUCUACAGCCCGACACCUUUUCCCCUUGUUAUUGCUGCCUAUUUGUAUGAGAUUUAUUUCUUUUAUACUUAAUAUACAAGAUGUAACUGAUUUAUGUUAGUAUAAAGACUAAGUGAAGGAGUUUCAUAUAUUUCACACUCUCUUAUUUUGUUUUGGUGAAACAAGAAAAACCACUAUAAUUGUUUAUAAUUGUUUUCUAGAAAUAUAUUUCGUAUUUAAACCGUGUUGUACAAAGUAGCCGCACCCCUUUCAUACUUACCCUGACACCCACCACCAAUAUUUACUGUGGCUUAUUAUGUAAUGGAUGAAUCUAUCUUUCCUUUCUUUCUGUGAGUGCUGUUUUGUUUUAUAGUGAAUAAUGCACAGUCCUUGUUUAUAUAUAUAUAUAUAUAUAUAUAUAUAUAUACAUACAUAUCAUAAAACAGUUAAAACUUCUUGAAUGUAAUAAUGGAAAGUGCAGCUUCACUCUAAACUUGGUGCAAUUCCGUUGGAUGCCUUGAAAAUUAUGUGCCACAAUGCCUGACCCUACAGUGCAGUUUAUUCGUAUAAAAUAUUGAUGCAGAUACAAAAUGGCUGUCACCUCUCCAGUUUAUUUUAUCGUUAACAUUACAAAUGUUGAAUUUUUUUUUAGUACUACUGGCAUUUUUCUCUUGAUGUUACUUUUGAUUAAAGGAGU